CAACUUGAAGACGGAGAGAUGAGCGGCAUCCUCGAAGCUAGUCUAAACUAGUGGGAGGUUUGCUGUGCAAAGAAGCCAACAACAGAACAGAAAACAAGUAGCAGGAAAUUAACAUCUCAAUGGCACGAGGGAAGGUGCAGUUGAAGAGGAUCGAGAAUCCUGUCCACAGGCAGGUCACCUUCUGCAAGCGCCGAGCUGGGCUUCUCAAGAAAGCUAAGGAGUUGUCCGUUUUGUGCGAUGCUGAGAUUGGGAUUAUUAUCUUCUCCACCCAUGGCAAGCUUUAUGAUCUCGCUACCAAAGGAAGCAUGGGAGGACUGAUAGAGAGGUACAUGAAAUCAACCCAAGAGGCUCAAGUUGGAGAAGCAGAGGCAAAGCUUAACCUGGAGUUACAAGAGGAAAUAAUCAAUUUGAAGCAAGAGAUUCAGCUACUUCAGAAGGGCCUUGGGUAUAUAUAUGGAGGGAGAACUGAAGAUAUGUCUCUAGAUGAGUUUGAUGCUUUAGAGAAACAUCUUGAAAUUUGGAUAUGUCUUAUUCGUUCAGCAAAGAUGCAAAUAAUGUUUCAGGAGAUUCAAUUGUUGAAGAAUAAGGAGGGAUUACUGACUGCAGCAAAUGAGUAUCUUCAAGGGAAGAUAUUAGAGCAAGCUGGGACAGUUGAAAUGCCUCCAACUCUAACAGGAUAUUCAUAUCCACUAACAAUUCAAAAUGAGAUAUUCCAGGCUUAGGUGCUUAGGAAAACCAUUAAUGACAGAAAGGUUGAAAGAUUGUAGUGAAGAAUUAUCGGUUACUUCUCUGGGGGGUUGUAUUAUGUAAGUAAAUAAACUCAUACAUAUCCCAACAUUUAGUACUUUAGGUGAAACUAUGGUAUUUUAUGAUAUAUAGUAUGAUUGUGGCUGUGAUG